GUAUAACGUUAUUAUUACACCAAAAACACCACCUUAUUUAUUUAUUGUGAGAUUUUUGGAUGGUUAGCUGAGUAAUCAAGCCCCGACGAUAGUGGAUAUCCAUAAGGCUAGUUCAUUAUGUGACCCCAACUAGCCCUGCUAUCUGUAGCCCUAAAGUACAGGACAACAAUAGCGCUGUGCUCCGAGCUGCGACAACAGCGCUGUGCUCUGAGCUGCGACACUUGACUCGAGCCAAGGGACUUCGGUCAGUCAGUCGAUUAGACCGCACUCCACCGACCGUACGCACCUGUGACAGGUCUGUGAAGCACUGAUGUAGGCUCCCCGGUGUGCAAGGAAUGGACCAAGACCAUGGCAAAUUGUAAUCCACUUAGAUCACCGUCCUCCACCCUCAGUGAGGUCAACCUGGGACCCUCGGCAAACCCACAUGCCAAGCCCACUGACUUUGACUUCUUGGCUGUUAUUGGAAAAGGGACCUAUGGGAAGGUCCUGCUCGCCAAGCUCAAAGCUGACAACAAAUUCUAUGCGGUCAAAGUUUUACAGAAGAAAGUCAUCCUGAAGAAAAAGGAGCAAAAGAACAUCAUGGCAGAGAGGAACGUGCUGCUGAAGAGCCUGAAGCACCCUUUCCUGGUGGGCCUCCACUACUCCUUCCAGACCCCAGAGAAGCUCUACUUUGUCCUGGACUAUGUCAACGGGGGAGAGAUCUUCUUCCACCUGCAGAGGGAGCGGUGCUUCUUGGAGCCGAGGGCUCGGUUCUACGCUGCUGAGGUAGCCAGUGCCAUCGGCUACCUUCACUCCCUCAACAUCGUUUACAGAGAUCUGAAGCCAGAGAAUAUUCUCUUAGACUCUCAGGGCCACGUGGUGCUUACGGACUUUGGGCUGUGUAAAGAGGGAGUGGAGCCGGAUACCACCACGUCCACUUUCUGUGGAACCCCUGAGUAUUUGGCCCCUGAGAUUCUGCGUAAGGAGCCCUAUGACCGCACUGUGGACUGGUGGUGUCUAGGAGCUGUGCUCUAUGAGAUGAUCUAUAGUCUUCCUCCUUUUUACAGCCGGGACAUGUCUGAGCUGUAUGAUGGUAUCCUGCACAAGCCUCUGCCUCUGCCCCCAGGGAAGUCAGACGCUGUCUGUAGUCUGCUCCAGAGCCUCCUGCAGAAGGACCAGCACUGCAGGCUGGGAGCCAUCGACGACUUUUUAGAAAUCAAGAACCAUGUGUUCUUCUCCCCGAUUAACUGGGAUGACCUGUACCACAAGCGGAUCACUCCUCCGUACUACCCCAAUGUGAAAGGGCCAGCGGACACGCAGCACAUAGACCCAGAGUUCACCAGAGAGAUGGUGCCUAACUCGGUGGGCCGCACCCCUGAGCUGAACGCCAGCACCAGCAGCAGCAACGCCUUCAAUGGCUUCUCCUACGUCUGUGGUGAAGAAGACAGCUUCCUCUAAGACAGGGAAGAAGGUCCCUCACAGCACAACCACUGCCUGAGCUCGAGGUAGAAGUAGAAGUUACCCCUAACCACAUAUCUAGGAUUCAAUUCCUCAACCCCAAAUCCUAACCUUAACCUCUAAGUCAGGAGGUGAAAAAGAUAUUUGGCCCUUGAUCAGUUAGUGGCAACCUCGAUCAACUUCAUUGGCCACAGCUAUAGAAAUGGAGCACAUUGAACAGAAUGCAUUUUUGUGUAGGCUAUGCGCAGUGCAUGCCACGUCUGUUCAUCUAGACCUCAUUAGAACAGGCAGACGCAGCAGGCACUAAUGAUAUCUGUGAAACUCUAGUCGAAACCAUAUUUCUGCUCUUAAAGUGCUGUUUUUAAUACAAACACGGUGGACCUUCCAAACAUUUGUUAUUUUAAAUGAAAUGUGAUGAUUGUCCAACAAUACAUUAUUGAUUUGAAAACAUGCUGUUUCUGUUAUCACUGACUUUGUGUAGAUUAGAUUAGAGGCUUGACUCUAUUGUUGCAUCCAGGCAUGCUUAAAGGGAUAGCUCACUCAAAUUACAAAUUUCCUUUCCCUGUCAGUAGUCUAUAGAAAAGGUUUGACGGCAAUUCUAGAUGAUUUGAACAUGCGUGGAAAAUGUGCGUAUCAGUACCAUGACUUGAAUGGGAUUUGUGCCACAAAUGCCACAAAGUCAUGGUACCGAUAUAAGCAAUCUAUGGAAAAGGUAUGACAGCAAUCGAUGCUUUGGUUUUAUUUCCCUGGCACUGUUUCUAAAUGUACAAAAGCUGAAGAACAUCCUCACAUACAGGUAUUGUUUUUGCCACUGCUUGGAGUUAAAGGGAAACUCGUGAAAAAUGUAAACACUGCACACUGCUGUUCAACCCUUAGGUCUGUUCCACAAAUGCUAAAACCUUAGCAUUUAGAAACAUUUCCAGGGGAAAUAAAACCAAAGCACAGAUUGCUGUUAUACCAUAGACUGCUUACAGGGUAAGGAAACCAACGUGUUAUUUUGUAAUGUGGGGGAGCUAUCCCUUUAACAGCAACAUAAACCUACGCCAUCUUCUUACAACUGUAAAAGUGCGUGCCAUGGUGUUCUUAACCUUGUGCAACAAGCCAUAUAAUUGUGUCAACACGACGGGUAACAUUCGACUGUUGACUUAUGCCAGCACCGUGUUAAAGGUGACUGAUGCGCAAUGAUGUAUGUGUACAUAAAAACGUUACAAUAAAUAACUAUCCCUAUG